AUUGGCGCAGCUUUUAGCAGCAACUGCUACAGCACAUAUUCUGUUUUCUACAGUCAUUCUUUCGGUAUAUCCAGCUAUGGAUAUGGAUGGUGCCAGUUCAGUGGUGCUGCAGGCCUUAACACAAGCGACCAGCCAGGACACCGCCGUGCUGAAGCCCGCGGAGGAGCAGCUCCGACAGUGGGAGACUCAGCCGGGCUUCUACUCUGUCCUUCUGAAUAUCUUCAAUAACCACAUGCUGGAUGUGAACGUUAGGUGGCUCGCUGUGCUGUACUUCAAAAAUGGCAUUGACAGAUACUGGAGGAGAGUGGCGCCUCAUGCUUUAUCAGAAGAGGAGAAGACCUCAGUGCGUGCUGGACUCAUCACAAACUUCGAUGAGCCCGUCAAUCAGAUAGCCACCCAGAUCGCAGUACUGAUAGCCAAGGUGGCCCGUCUGGACUGCCCCAGGCAAUGGCCAGAGCUCAUCCCCAUUCUCCUGGAGUCUGUGAAGGGUCAGGACGGCCUGCGGCAACACAGGGCGCUGCUCACCUUCCAUCAUGUCACCAAAACCCUCGCGUCCAAACGUCUGGCUCAGGACAGACGGCUCUUUCAGGAUCUGGCGUCGGGCAUCUACAGCUUCGCGUGCUCCCUCUGGAGCCACCACACCGACUGCUUCCUCCAGCAGAUCUAUGCCAGAGAAGAGGCCGCGGCGCUCGCCUCACUGGAGAGGACGCUGCUCUCUCUUAAAGUGCUUCGCAAGUUGACUGUCUUCGGAUUCCACGAGCCACAGCAGAAUAUGGAAGUGAUGGGUUUCCUGACCGCAGUGUUUGAGAGGAUAAAACAGUUCUUGGAAUGCUCUCGACAUGUCGGUCCAGACAGCACAUGCAGAGAAAAGCUGGAGAAGAUGAUCAUAUUGUACACUAAAGUUUUGUUAGAUUUCCUGGAGUACCAUCCGUGUGCAUUCAUACCCCUAAUCCAGCGCGCCCUGGAGUUUGCCGUCAGCUACCUGUUCACACCAGCAGGGGAAGGAGUGACCUUUGAACGCUUUAUUGUUCAGUGCAUGAACCUCAUCAAGAUAAUCGUAAAGAAUGACGCCUACAAACCUUCCAAGAACAUUGAAGACAGCAAACCAGAGAGUCUGGAAGCUCACAAAAUCAAGACGGCAUUCUUCACACACCCCACACUGACGGAGAUUGCCCGCCGGCUCGUCUCACACUACUUUCUUCUCACAAAAGAAGAGCUGGCAAUGUGGGAAGAGGACCCCGAGAGCUUCGCUGUAGAAGAAACAGGCGGUGACUCUUGGAAAUACAGUCUACGGCCCUGUGCAGAAGUAUUGUUCCUGGACAUCUUCCACAACUACAACCAGACGCUGAUACCGGUGCUACUGGACAUGGUUCAGAAUCUCCAGGGCCCAACCAAUGUGGAAGACUCGGCUCAGCUGCUGAUGAAGGAUUCAGUAUACAACGCGGUGGGACUGGCGGCGUAUGAGCUGUUUGACAACGUCGACUUUGACCAGUGGUUCAAGAAUCAGCUUCUUGGAGAGCUGCAAGUCAGCCAUCACAGAUACAAGUUUAUUCGCCGACGAGUCAUCUGGCUAAUAGGACAGUGGAUCUCUGUCAAGUUCAAAUCUGACCUUCGACCUCUACUCUAUGAGGUCAUCCUGAGCCUCAUGCAGGACCCUGACUUGGUGGUGCGGAUUGAGACGGCUACAACCCUGAAGCUCACUGUCGACGACUUUGAGUUCCGGACCGAGCAAUUCCUCCCAUACCUGGAGUCCAUCUUCGGGCUGCUCUUCCAGCUGUUGCAGCAGGUGACGGAGUGCGACACUAAGAUGCAGGUGCUCCAUGUCAUCUCCUGUGUCAUUGAAAGAGUGAACAUCCAGAUCCGUCCAUACGUAGGCUGUCUGGUGCAGUACCUGCCGCUGCUCUGGAAGCAAUCCGAAGAGCACAAUAUGCUUCGAUGUGCCAUCCUCACGACGCUCAUCCACCUGGUGCAGGGCCUCGGGUCGGAGUGUAAGAACUUGUACUCGUUCCUCCUCCCUGUCAUCCAGCUCAGCACCGACGUGACCCUGCCGCCGCAUGUGUAUCUGCUGGAGGAUGGACUGGAGCUUUGGUUGGUGACUUUGGAGAACAGCCCAGCCAUCACCCCGGAGCUGCUCCGAAUUUUCCAGAACAUGUCAGCAUUGCUGGACAUGAGCUCCGAGAACCUGCGCACCUGUUUUCAGAUCGUUAAUGCCUACUUAUAUUUGUCUGCCACAGACUUUCUGCAGAACUAUGCAGAAUCUUUGUGUCGGUCUUUCUGCAACCUGCUGAAAGACAUCACGAAUGAGGGACAGGUUCAAGUGCUCAAGGUGGUAGAGAUAGCUCUGAAGGUGAGCCCCGUACUGGCGGCCCACAUCUUCCAGCCCCUGCUGCCAGCGGUCUUCAGAGGCAUUGUGGACGGCGAGAGGUAUCCCGUGGUGAUGUCUACCUACCUAGGAAUCAUGGGCCGCAUCCUGCUCCAGAACUCCAGUUUCUUCUCCUCCCUGCUCACUCAAAUGGCCUCCGAGUGCAGCCAGAAGAUGGACCAGUUGUUGGGCGGCGUGAUCGAGAUGUGGGUCGACCGCAUGGACAACAUCACUCAGCCGGAGAGGAGGAAGCUGUCGUCGCUGGCUCUGCUCUCCCUCCUCCCGUCUGACAACAGUGUGAUCCAGGACAAGUUCUGCGGCAUCAUCAACAUCACCGUCGAGGCCCUGCACGAUGUGAUGACGGAAGAUACCGAAACGGCCACCUUCAAAGACUGCAUGCUGAUGAGCCAUUUUGAGGAGCCCAAGCUGAGCGAGGAUGAGGAGCCACCAACGGAGCAGGACAAGAGGAAGAAACUGUUGGCCCUGGAGGACCCGGUGCACAGCGUCUCCCUGCAGCAGUUUGUGUACGAGAAGCUGAAGGCGCAGCAGGCCAUGAUGGGGGACCAGAGCUUCGGGGUCCUGAUGGAGACCGUGGACACGGAGCUGGUCAGGCAGCUCCAGGAGUUCCUCAAAGGCCUCUGAAUCGCAUCCGUGUUCCUUUUCUACGUUUCACAAACGCCCACCCACACCUCAAUUCUCCAAAAUGAACCGCAAGAGCUAUUAAUCUGCCCGGCGUGUGGACUAAUCCGACCCUCCCCGACCUCCAUCGAGGCUUUCGCCUUAUCUAGAUUCAGAGCGGUCCAAUGUUCCUCGGCUCACACGCCGCGUCCCUUUCCCCAUUAUCUGGAUUCCUUUACAUCCUUUUUUUAAAAUCAAGGUUUCCAAGGUACUUGGGAAAGGGUCAAAGAACCCCCCCCCCCCCCCACCACCCACACCGAAACCACAACAGAGCUUCCACUCCGUUGGUCGGUCGUUUUCUUGUUUCUGUGGUUUUGAGGUGGAACGGGUAUUAUAAACAUUUGGGGGGCGGGGGGGUUUGAGGAGUAGACCGGAAAUAAUCACCUGCAGGUGCCAAAGUAGGAUCCUCUGACUAUUUUUUACGGGGAAACGUACAAAUUGCAGCCGAAAUGUAGACGAAGCGACCGAGGCGUGUACAGAAUCUAUUCUUGAAGAGGAGAGAAGAAAACAUGUAAUUUUGUAUGUAUGUAAAGUACGGAUGAGAUUAUGCAGGAUGAUAUUUUACCGUUUAGUUUGUUUUUACUUUGUGUUCAUUUCUCUUCCAUUUCAAAGAAGAAAAAAUAAAGAAAUUUAAAAAAAGUGUUUCCAUAAGCGGAGGUCAAGUUGAAGUAACUCCUGAGAGAAGUUUUACUUUCACUUCGAGGGGAUCCAGUUUGGAUGUCACUGGGUGAUUUUUAAACGGUUGAUUUGUAAGAGUGCUGAACCACAUUUCUUUGUAUAUACAUACUGCUGCUAACUGUUGGAGCACUUUAAUAACCAAAAACUUUUCCACCUGUUUUCAUCUGUUCCUCAGUGAUCUUCUCACGGGUCUAAAGAAAAGCCUCAACGUGGUACAUCCAACUCCACCCUGACCCGUUGCCAUAUCUCAUGUCUCAGUGCUUUACUGACCAACCGCAAACGUAACAUGCCAACUAGGUUGUGUCUUUAAAAACACUUUGACAGCAUCUCAUUGGCUGUUAAAUAAGUGCUAUUAUGAGCCGCUGUGACUUUAUAAGUCCACAUGCAUUACGUCGCUGGGCUGCUCCACUGCGGAAUUAUUAGAAUGUUUUUCUUUUAUUUGAACAAUCGUUGAUGACCUUGUGGCAGAGGGGAGGCGUCGCUAAAUUUGGUUUUACUGGGGGGGGUUUUCAGGAGCUUGUGGCAGGCGGACAUGUUUCAUGCAAGAAAUUGGGUUUAAAAGAAAUAUAUCUGUUGUUGUCAUUUGAACCUCUUAAAGAGAUUUAGAUUGGAUCACCUUGUCUUUUAUACUCUACUCUUCUGGGAUUCACGGAUUAAUAUAGUUUUAUUUUCUCUUAUUUGAUCAAGCUCCGUGGGAGGGAGGUAAUCCUGACUCUCGCUCCUCACAGCCUGAUGCUUUCAUCCUUAUUAAACUCAAAAGAGCUUUCUUACUAUUCUGUUUUUUUCUUGACUCGUUAAACAGAAGACGAUUGCUGUGCUCGUAUUUCUUUCUUUCUUUUAAUGACGGCAAUUUUGAAGUACGCAGCGUAACUCUGGGCCAUGAAUUUGGUUAUGCUUUGAUGAGAAAUGAUCCGAGUUGCUUUUUCCAAAGCAUUUAAUAAAAUCAGCCAAAAUAUAUGUA